AUGGCUAUCAAUACUCCAUCAACAAGCAGAGGACAGAAGCGAAAGUGUGUUGUUUUGAUGAUGACACAGAAAUUGGACAUAAUUAAGUACCUGGAAAAAGGAGAAAACGGGAACAGGUUGAUGCAGGAAUUCAAUGUUGGCUCAUCUACAAUCUAUGACAUCAAGGCACAGAGGGUGGAGUUACCCCAGUUCAUGACAAAUUCUGAGACAAGUAAAGCAAUUGAGCAAUGCUGUACUCUGCACAAACCAAAAUUGAAACAAAUAGAAAAUAUAUUGUAUGAAUGGUUUGCCUUAAAAUGUUUGGAGGGAGCUCCAUUUUCUGGCCCAAUGCUGAUCAAAAAAGCAACAGACUUCUAUCAACAAAUGGGAAUGACCUGCGUUUUUUCAGAUGGAUGGUUGUCUUGCUUCAAAUUUUGCCAUGGUAUCAGAAGGCUUGAUGCCUGGAGGAAAAAAAAAUCUGCUGAUCAUGAGGCUGCUGAAAAAUAUUGUGGAUUUUUCCAGGAAUUGGUUGUGAAGCAUGGCAUAAUCCCAGAGCAGAUUUACAAUGCUGAUGAAACUGGCCCUUUUUGCUGUUGUUUGCCAACUUCUACCCUGGCUGGUGCAGAUGAGGUUGGUGCAGCUGGUUUUAAGCAGAGCAAGGACCGCCUGACUGUGCUUAUGUGUGCAAAUACAGUGGGCACACACAGAUUCAAGUUGCUAGUGGUGGGAAAAUUCAGGCGACCAAGAGCAUUCAAGGGUGUCAUUCAUCUACCUGUUGAGUACAAAGCACAACCUAAUGCAUGGAUGGACAAGGAAAUAUUUUUGCACUCGUUUCACCAUGUCUUUGUACCAGCAGUGAAAGAGCAUCUGAAGAAACUUGAAAAGCCAGAAGACACAAAAGUUAUUCUGAUUUUACAUAACUGUCAAGCUCACCCUCCUGAAGCAGAGUUAGUGUCUGGAAAUAUUUUUACCAUCUUCCUGCCUGCAAUUGUCACCUCACUCAUACAGCCUAUGGAUCAGGGCAUUAUUGAAAACCUGAAAUCCAUCUACAGAAGAGAUUUUAUGAGGAAUCUUCUCAACUAUGAAGGCAGUCUCCAAGAAUUUCAGUCACAGUACACCAUUAAGGAUGCCAUUUUCAAUGCCUGGUGUGCUGUGAAGAGUACAACUUUAAGGAAGGCUUGGAGAAAAUUGUGGGCAGCAGUGACGUUUGGAGAGGGAUCGUCUGAUGAAGAAGAAUUUGCAGGUGUCAAUGUGAGACAGAAAAAAGAAUCAUUAAAAGAGAUUCUUGAUGUUCUUCAAAAUGUUGACUCCACUAACCCACUCACUAAGCUCAAAGAUACUUAA